AUGCGGCGCGGCGGCGGCGUGGCGGCGGCGGAGGCCGACGGUGAUGUGGAGUCGCGGUUCCGCGGGGUGCGGAAGAGGCCGUGGGGCCGGUACGCCGCGGAGAUCCGUGACCCGGCGAAGAAGGCGCGCGUCUGGCUCGGCACAUUCGACUCCGCCGAGGACGCCGCCCGCGCCUACGACGCCGCAGCGCGGAUGCUUCGCGGGCCCAAGGCCAGGACCAACUUCCCGCUCCACGCCGCAGCCGCCGCUGCCCACCAUCAUCACCUCCACAUGCCCACCGCCGCCGCCGCAGCCGCAGCAGCACCGUACACGACAUAUCCCACCGCCACGGGCGUCUCGACGCCGCCGCCGGUCGCCAGGCCGGCUUGCAGCAGCCUCAGCUCCACCGUGGAGUCCUUCGGCGGCGCGCGGCCGCGGCCCGUGCUCCCGCCGCGGCCCCCGCCGCCGCCGAUCCCCGACAGCGACUGCCGCAGCGACUGCGGCUCCUCGGCCUCGGUCGUGGACGACGACUGCACGGACGCGGCCGCCUCUGCCUCUCCGUCGUGCCCGUUCCCGCUCCCGUUCGACCUCAACCUGCCCCCCGGCGGCGGCUGCGGAGCCUGCAUCGGGUUUUACGCCGAUGAGGAGGAUGAGCUCAGGCUGACGGCGCUGCGGCUGUGA